UGUAUUUCAAUCCAUCGAAUUAAGGUAUAUAAUAAUACCGAAUGGCACUAAUAUUACUCCCCAAGUUUCUAAUUUCAAAAAUAUGACCACUUUUUGGUUUCACAAAAAAGUGACCCGCUCCCCAACUGUCUUCCGCGUGAAAACAACCGGGAUCAUCGCAGAUCAUCUUUCCCUCUCGUCACAGGCCUGCAGCUCCAGGGAAGUGCACAAAAAUCCCUUCGCCCCAGACGCACAAGCAUCACCCCCGUCUUCAACCUCUGCCAUACUCCGCCACAAGCCCCGCCAAGCUCAUCCCUGCUCACUAUCUCCUUUUUUUUGUUCGUGUUCUGCCUCAUGCACUCAACAUGAGAUUUCAGAUCCUUGUGGUGCGGUUAAAUUGGGUGACGGUGUGGUUGAAUUGAGCGGCAGUGCGGUUGAUUUGGACGGUGGUGAGGUUGAUUUGGGAGGCGGCUAUGGCUGUGGGAUGGAGAGCGACGAUUGGGGAUGCGGAAAAUCGAGAGGGCUAGGUCUAGGGAGGGUCAGGGGCUGGUCUGCUACAAGGGGCUGGGAGGGCAGUUACCGUCGGUGCGGCGGCGGGAAGGUUGGACCACUAGAUCUAGUGGGUGAUGGUUGCAGAUGGUUGCAGUGGUGCGAGACAGAAAGCAGGGGACAUUGAAGAUGGUGUGGGGGUGGGGCAGUGGUGGACUGGUGGUGGUGCAGGGGUUGGGGAGAGGUGGUCACUGGUCACCACCGGGAAGGUGGUGGUAGCUGUUCGGAGGGCGGUCGCCGGAGUAAUUUUGUAUCACUGUGGUUUCAGCGGCGGUGGUUGGACGGCGGAGAUAUCACUACAAAUAUGUCACUGCGGAGUUGUCACUAUAGAGGUGUCACUGUGGCUGGUGGCGGUGCGGUGACAUGGGGCGGCAAUGACACGGGUGGCAGUGACACGGGCGGCAGCUAGAGUGACACGGGCGGCAGCUACAGUGACACGAGCGGCGGCUACAGUGACACGAGCGGCGGCUACAGUGACACGGGCGGUGGCUACAGUGACACGGGCGGUGGCUACAGUGACACGGGCGGUGGUUGUAGUGACAUGGGUGAUUACUGUAGUUGAAAAAACGAACACGCAGUGACAUAAAAUUUUUGCAGUUACAUAAUGUUUUCUAAUUGCACAUAUAUGACCUUCUUGAUCACUUUUUUGCCCCUUUUUAAAAGUGGUCACUUUUUGGACAAUUGGUUCAAAAUUAGUAAUAUCCAAGUAAAAACCCCUAUAAUACCUUCCAGAAAUACAACAUGAUUGAUAUUCAAAUUGCUUGAUAAGCUUCCA